AUGGGCCCUUUUGGGGAAACAGCGGAGGCGGCUGCUCACUUGGCUCCUGCCCCGGCAGUCGCCCGACUGUACUGGGGGGCAGACACGGCAGGGAAAGUUCCCCUACCCAGCCCCAGCCUCCACUCCACCUGCGCCUACUCCGAGCCCGGCUGCCCUUCUGCGCGCUCCUCUCUGUGUCCAGGAAGCCCCUUCACGCUGGAUCCCAGCGCCAGGCCAGCCUGGAGCGACUCUGCGGGGCGCCGACCCUCACCUCGAGGCGCCUCCGCGCGGAGCCGUCCUGAGACAGGGAGGCUGGCCACGCCACAGCUGUUCUCAGGCCACCCGCGUUGGCAAGAAGAGCAGUUGGGGGCGCGGGGAGCGGAGUGCGAUGAUGGGUUAGGCUUGGAAGUCGUCAGUCACGGGUCUGGACAGGGUAAAGAGCUCACGACCAGGACCGGGAGACUCCUUCGAGGUGAGCCGAGACCGCAAGCUCGCCUGCCUUUGGGCCCCGCCGCUGCCGCCCUGGCGCUCCCCGCGGGCCCCGGCGAGGCCGCCUGCGCCCUGUGCCAGAGUGCGCCCCGCGACCCGGUGCGCGCCGACUGCGGCCAUCGCUUUUGCCGGGCGUGCGUGGUGCGGUUCUGGGCGGAGGAGGACGGGCCCUUCCCGUGUCCCGAGUGCGCCGACGACUGCUGGCAGCGCGCCGUGGAGCCCGGCCGCCCGCCGCUCAGCCGCCGCCUGCUGGCGCUCGAGGAAGCAGCUGCGGCGCCCACGCGCGACGGCCCGGCCUCUGAGGCGGCGCUGCAGCUGCUGUGCCGCGCCGACGGGGGCCCGCUGUGCGCAGCUUGCCGCAUGGCCGCGGGGCCCGAGCCACCCGAGUGGGAGCCCCGCUGGAGGAAGGCGCUGCGCGGCAAGGAGAACAAGGGGUCUGUGGAGAUCAUGAAGAAAGAUCUGAAUGAUGCUCGGGAUCUGCAUGGCCAGGCUGAGUCCGCUGCUGCUGUGUGGAAGGGACACGUGAUGGACCGGAGGAAGAAGGCGCUGACUGACUACAAGAAGCUUCGGGCCUUCUUUGCCGAGGAGGAGGGGCGAUUCCUACAGGAAGCAGAGAAAGAAGAAGGGUCCCUGGAGGACGAGGACGAGGACCCAGCGGAGAGGUUCAGGUCUCUGCUGCAGGCUGUGUCGGAGCUGGAGAGGAGGCACCGCAACCUGGGUCUCAGUAUGCUGCUCCAGUGAAGUGCUGCUUGCCCAGGCAGCAGGCAGAGGAAGCUGUUAACCAUCCCUGGCCUGAAGCAGCUCCUCCCUCUGCCUCCUUCUGGACCCCUUGUCAUCCUUCAAGACACCCCCAGCCCUGCGUGUCUUCUCCUAGGUGAAUAUGUGGACUGUGAGCUCAAGGUGCCCACCUGGGGUUGCUGACGACAGUGCUCUGCCGCAGAAUGUUUGUGUUCCCUUUUCCUCUGGGUGUUCAUGUUUCCAGGCUGUUAACAUUUCACUGUAGAGAUCUGUAUUGAGGGUAAGUUAGCCCAAGUGUAUCCUGACUCCAUAAAGUUCUUUUUCUUGCCCCAAGUCUCAUCA